CUCCUACAGCAUGGGACUUGUGAUUGCACUGGCUUCACUGUGGUCCCUGGCAGAGGCCAAUUCCAAAGCCAUUACAACCUCCCUUACCACAAAGUGGUUUUCCGCUCCACUGCUACUGGAAGCCAGUGAGUUCUUAGCAGAAGACAGCCAAGAGAAAUUUUGGAGUUUUGUAGAAGCCAGUCAAAAUAUUGGAUCAUCAGAUCGUCACGAUACCGAUCAAUCCUAUUAUAAUGCGAUACUGGAAGCCGCCUUUCAGUUUCUGUCACCUUUGCAGCAGAAUUUGUUGAAAUUUUGUCUCUCUCUCCGCUCCUACUCAGCCUCAAUUCAAGCCUUCCAGCAGAUUGCAGUUGAUGAGCCCCCGCCACAAGGAUGCCAGUCAUUCUUUUCAGUGCAUGGGCAGCAGACCUGUGACUUUGGUACUCUGGAGGACCUUCUACUAACUGCACCCGACAGACCUAAACCUUUGUUGUUCAAAGGAGACCACAGAUAUCCCUCAUCAAAUCCUGAAAGUCCAGUGGUGAUUUUUUACUCUGAGAUCGGCCAUGAGGAAUUUUCUAAUAUUCACAAUCAACUUAAAUCAAAAAGCAAAGAAGGCAAAAUUAAUUAUGUAUUCAGACAUUAUGUAUCUAACCCCAGGAAGGAGCCAGUUUACCUCUCUGGCUAUGGCGUGGAAUUGGCAAUUAAGAGCACGGAGUACAAGGCCAAGGAUGAUACUCAGGUGAAAGGAACUGAGGUAAACACCACAGUCAUUGGUGAAGAUGACCCCAUUGAUGAAGUUCAGGGGUUUCUUUUUGGAAAGUUAAGAGAACUGUACCCCACCUUGGAAGGACAACUGAAAGAAUUCCGGAAGCAUCUUGUGGAGAGCACCAAUGAGAUGGCGCCCUUGAAAGUCUGGCAGCUGCAAGAUCUCAGUUUCCAGACUGCCGCCCGCAUCCUGGCUGCUCCUGUGGAGUUAGCUUUGGUGGUGAUGAAGGAUAUUAGUCAGAAUUUUCCUACCAAAGCCAGAGCAAUAACCAAAACAGCUGUGAGCUCACAACUUAGAACAGAAGUGGAAGAGAACCAGAAGUAUUUCAAGGGAACCAUAGGAUUGCAGCCUGGAGAUUCAGCUCUCUUCAUCAAUGGGCUUCAUAUUGAUCUAGACACCCAGGAUAUAUUCAGUCUGUUUGAUACAUUGAGGAAUGAAGCCCGGGUGAUGGAGGGUCUGCACAGACUAGGAAUAGAAGGCCUUUCUCUACAUAAUAUCUUGAAGCUCAACAUCCAGCCUUCUGAGACUGACUAUGCAGUAGACAUCAGGAGUCCUGCUAUUUCAUGGGUCAACAACCUAGAGGUUGACAGCCGAUACAAUUCAUGGCCUUCUAGUCUACAAGAGUUGCUUCGACCCACCUUUCCUGGCGUUAUACGGCAAAUCAGGAAAAACUUGCAUAACAUGGUUUUUAUUGUUGAUCCUGUACAUGAGACCACAGCUGAGUUGAUUAGCAUAGCUGAGAUGUUCCUCAGCAAUCACAUACCAUUAAGGAUUGGUUUUGUCUUCGUGGUCAAUGACUCGGAAGAUGUUGAUGGAAUGCAAGAUGCGGGAGUCGCCGUUCUGAGAGCGUAUAAUUAUGUUGUCCAAGAAGUGGAUGGCUAUCACGCCUUCCAGACUCUCACACACAUCUAUAACAAGGUAAGGACUGGAGGAAAGGUGAAAGUUGAACAUGUGGUCAGCAUCUUGGAGAAGAAGUACCCAUACGUCGAAGUGAAUAGCAUUCUGGGGAUUGAUUCUGCUUAUGAUCAGAACCGGAAGGACGCCAGAGGCUACUAUGAGCAGACUGGUGUUGGUCCUCUGCCUGUUGUCUUGUUCAAUGGCAUGCCCUUUGAAAAGGAACAGUUAGAUCCUGACGAGCUGGAAACCAUUACAAUGCACAAGAUCUUGGAGACCACUACCUUCUUCCAAAGGGCCGUGUAUUUGGGUGAACUGCCGCAUGAUCAGGAUGUGGUAGAAUACAUCAUGAAUCAGCCAAAUGUUGUUCCGAGGAUCAAUUCUAGGAUCUUGACAGCUAAGCGAGAGUAUCUGGAUCUGACAGCAAGCAAUAACUUUUUUGUGGAUGAUUUUGCCAGAUUUUCUACCUUGGACUCUAGGGGCAAGACUGCUGCUGUAGCCAACAGUCUGAACUAUCUGACAAAGAAAGGAAUGUCCUCCAAGGAAAUCUAUGAUGAUUCCUUUAUUAGGCCAGUGACUUUUUGGAUUGUUGGGGAUUUUGAUAGCCCAUCUGGACGGCAGUUAUUAUAUGAUGCCAUUAAACAUCAGAAAACCAGUAACAACGUUAGGAUAAGUAUGAUCAAUAAUCCCAGUCAAGAGAUAAGUUACUCGAACACUCCAAUCUUCAGAGCCAUCUGGGCGGCUCUCCAAACACAGACUUCCAACUCGGCUAAGAACUUCAUCACCAAAAUGGCGAAAGAGGAGACGGCAGAGGCCUUGGCCGCAGGAGUGGACAUCGGGGAGUUCUCUGUUGGGGGCAUGGAUGUCAGUCUUUUUAAAGAGGCCUUUGAGUCUUCCAAAAUGGAUUCCGUUUUGUCUCAUGCCCUGUACUGCAGGGAUGUUCUGAAGCUGAAGAAGGGGCAGAGAGUGGUAGUCAGCAAUGGAAGGAUUAUUGGGCCUCUGGAGGAGAAUGAGCUCUUUAACCAAGACGAUUUCCACCUCCUAGAAAAUAUCAUCUUGAAAACAUCGGGACAGAAAAUAAAAUCUCAUAUCCAACAGCUUCACGUAGAAGAAGACGUGGCAAGUGACUUGGUAAUGAAGGUGGAUUCUCUCCUGUCAGCACAGCCCAAAGGAGAGGCAAGGAUCGACUACCAGUUCUUUGAAGACAAACACAGUGCAAUUAAACUGAAGCCCAAUGAAGGGGACACAUACUACGAUGUGGUAGCUGUUGUUGACCCUGUCACAAGAGAAGCACAGAGGCUCGCCCCCUUGCUCUUGGUUUUGACUCAGCUGAUAAACAUGAAUCUAAGAGUAUUUAUGAAUUGCCAAUCUAAACUUUCGGACAUGCCUUUAAAAAGCUUUUAUCGUUACGUCUUAGAACCAGAGAUCUCUUUCACCGCAGACAACAGCUUUGCGAAGGGACCAAUAGCAAAGUUUCUGGAUAUGCCCCAGUCUCCCCUGUUCACUUUGAAUUUGAACACGCCUGAGAGUUGGAUGGUAGAAUCCGUCAGAACACCGUAUGAUCUUGACAAUAUUUAUCUAGAAGAGGUGGACAGUGUAGUGACUGCUGAGUAUGAGCUGGAAUACCUGUUAUUAGAAGGUCAUUGCUACGACAUCACCACAGGCCAGCCCCCUCGAGGACUACAGUUCACUUUAGGAACUUCAGCCAACCCAACAAUUGUGGACACCAUUGUGAUGGCCAAUCUGGGAUAUUUUCAGCUCAAAGCCAACCCGGGAGCCUGGAUUCUCAGACUGAGGAAGGGGCGCUCUGAUGAUAUUUAUAGAAUCUACAGCCACGAUGGCACAGAUUCUCCUCCUGAUGCAAAUGAUGUUGUUGUUAUCCUCAAUAACUUCAAAAGCAAGAUCAUCAAAGUGAAGGUGCAGAAGAGAGCAGACAUGGUGAACGAAGACUUGCUGAGUGACGGAGCGAACGAGAACGAGUCUGGAUUUUGGGACUCAUUCAAAUGGGGCUUUUCGGGACAGGCGACUGAGGAGGUGAAGCAAGGAAAGGAUGACAUAAUCAAUAUUUUCUCUGUUGCAUCUGGUCAUCUCUAUGAAAGAUUUCUUCGCAUAAUGAUGCUCUCAGUGCUGAAGAAUACCAAAACUCCUGUGAAAUUCUGGUUCUUGAAGAAUUAUUUGUCCCCCACAUUUAAGGAGUUUAUACCUUACAUGGCCAGCAAAUACAACUUCCAGUAUGAGCUUGUUCAGUACAAGUGGCCGAGGUGGCUUCAUCAGCAGACAGAGAAACAGCGGAUCAUCUGGGGCUACAAGAUCCUCUUCCUGGACGUGCUUUUCCCGCUGGUGGUUGACAAGUUCCUGUUUGUGGACGCUGAUCAGAUUGUGCGGACAGAUCUGAAAGAGUUAAGGGAUUUCAAUUUGGAUGGUGCCCCUUACGGUUACACACCUUUCUGCGAUAGCAGAAGAGAAAUGGAUGGCUACCGGUUCUGGAAGUCAGGGUACUGGGCCAGUCACUUGGCUGGACGCAAAUACCAUAUCAGUGCACUGUAUGUCGUGGAUCUGAAGAAAUUUAGGAAAAUAGCUGCUGGUGACAGGCUGAGGGGACAGUACCAAGGUCUGAGUCAAGAUCCCAACAGUCUUUCAAAUCUGGAUCAGGAUUUGCCUAAUAACAUGAUCCAUCAGGUGCCAAUCAAGUCCCUCCCUCAAGAGUGGCUUUGGUGUGAAACGUGGUGUGAUGAUGCUUCCAAGAAGAGGGCAAAGACCAUCGACUUGUGUAAUAAUCCCAUGACUAAAGAGCCCAAACUGGAAGCUGCUGUGCGAAUCGUCCCCGAGUGGCAAGACUAUGAUCAGGAGAUUAAGCAGCUGCAGAUCCUCUUCCAACAGGAGAAGGAGAGGGGGGCCCAGCAGGAAGAGAGGGCGCAGGAAGGAGCCCAUGAAGAAUUAUGAUCUUUGAAGGAAGAUGGGAAGUCCCACCAUCUGACAGUUUUGUACUAAAAGCUAGUUUUUUCUGAUCUGUCGAUACAACUGCUGCUGAACUGAUUAGGCCGGUGUACCACACCUAUUGAUUUAGACUACAGCACCCUCGUGGGUGCUGGGUCUUUGGGGCUAAGGCUCUGUUGGAUUUGUACCUCAGAGGAAGACAAGUGGCUGAUCUUCUGGAACUCUCUUCACACCAGAGGGAGAAAUGGUGACGGCUGCUGAAAGAAACUGAGUCCUUUGGUGCCCACUUCAAGCUGGCCAGAGAAGCCACCACGUCCUUCCUUACCUCAGUUUACCGGCAGCCCUCGCUGCACUGCAGAUGCCCACCCUGCACAGGUCAGGCCGGCAGAUGCUUCAUCCAAGGUCCAUGCCUCAAGGUCUAUCCCAACAUGCUUGUCAACAUCUCCUGUCCCACGCUCUCUUCCCAGGCUUUAGGCUCAUUGUUUAAUUGAGCCCAACCGAUAAUCAUGUAUCUUCAGGGUUGGUGCAGUUGCUAAGAAAUCAAUCUUCAGGAGAACUGGGGGUGGCUCGGAUGGGGGUGGGGGGAUGACAGGCAGCGGAGAGUUUUGUGGUGUUCAAAGGUAGAAGACAAAAAAAUUGGCCCUUCUCUUUCAGUCUGUUGUGGCUGAAUUUAAAGGAAGCUUUAUUCUAUUCACAAUGAACUUUCUAGGUGAUUGUUUUGUAAACAAUUUUUAUAUUUAUGAAAAUGUUUGCCUUUUCUUCCUACUUUCUAAAAAACUAUUGGUACACGUUUCCUGGCUGAGCACAGGUUUACUGAGUCCCUCCGUGGUCCAUCUCAGGGUACUCAGCCUCCAUUUGGAUGGACACCAUACUGUCUGCCCUGUCCCUUGGAGUUUUCCCCUUUUGUUUUGGCUCUGUGGGUUGCCUUUGGCUUUUAAAACAUGCCCAGGGCCCUGUCCAGUUUUAAGGGAACAGCUGCUGUGUGACACAGCUGUCACUGCUUUAUGUGUGGCCACAGCCACAGCCACGGCCCAGCCUCACCUGGUCAGGAGCAGCCGGGGCUGGGGAACCUGGGACUUGGUGUUAGCCUGGCUGCACACGUGUGUGGUGUCAUCUCUGCCCGGAAAUCAGGGGUCGGCAGCAGAGAGUUAGCGCAUUGCUGGCCACUGGCCUGCCUUCCAGCUCCCGGGGGCUGUUCUUUCCUGUUUAACCUGCCUUUUAAAAAUGAGAAGGGAGCUGGGGUGUGCCUCGGUGGCAGACAAAGUGCUCGGCCAGCGAGCUCAAGGCUCUGUGUUCCGUCCCAGCCCUAAACCCCUAACCCACCCCAAAUAAAAGGAAGAGAGAGACUGUGAAAAGUGAGCUCACAUGGAUAAGUCCUUGCACAUCUAAGCUAGGCCAUACAUGUGUUUUGAAGGACGAAUAAUCUAUAGUAGCCAUAGUUGGGUUUUGAAUGGGCAGUUAUUAAGUAAUAAAUAGUGAGAGACAGCAAAAUAUCAUUGAUUGGGAACUCACACAACCAGCAGAAACCCCUUAACUCAGCCGCCUGCUGGAGUUGCCCAGUGAGCGUCCUGGGCAGAGAGAGCAGAGUGUUUCCUCAGGUAAGGUUUCCCAGUAAAGGAACUAUAGCAAACCUAAAACACCAUCGUCGAUUCGGUGCUCACAACAUCCUGUAGAAGCCAGCCGGGGCAGCUGGGGAGCCCUUUCUCCGGGGGAGCUUGCAGCCCUUACCCACUGCGGGCACUUUGGUAGCAGGGCUAGGCAGUGGCUGACUCCUCUGGCCUUGGGAAGGACCUGGGAAUGAGUGACUUCCCAGCUGUGUCCAAGGACCAGACGAAGGUCCUUGGAAGACACUUUGAGAAUACACAUGUUCCAUAGCCAGUUUCUUAGCUAGCACGUGACAUCAAUACACUGAAGUUUUGAAAUAAAGGUUUCACCACACACAUAUCAAGUAAUUGAUUUCCCCCCUCACUUUCAAAUCCAGAAGUUAACUUGGAGCCAGCCUUUGCUCAGGCCGUGUCCACAUUGUAUUAAGCUUUCAGGGAGCCACUGCUGCUGCCCUCAGCGGCAGCCAUGAAACACGGAGCCUGCGGUGAGCCAGAAUAGUCAGGUCACGGGUGUGCUUUUAGAUGUUGGCCCCAGUGACCAGUUGCCGCCUUUUUACCAAGUCAUCACGCAUCCUCUGUGGAAAGGAAGGUGCGGAGAAUGUCCUUCAGCCCCUCGGGUGUCCCCACCCUGACAUAAGUUAUAUUAAUAGUUGAUGCUGGGUAGGCCAGACCCAGCUGGCUUGUAAAGUCAUCCAGCCCCUUCCUUGCUUCCUGUGGGUUAACCAUCUCUACAGUUAGGCCAAUGGCCCAGAAGUGAUGCUGCCCAGGAAGGGCGCCCCUGCUGGUUUCAUCUGAUAUCUCCACUGUGAAAAAGCAUACUGUGACUGAAUGCAGAGGUAAAAUAUUCCCCAAGAAGCAGGAAAUAGCUGAUUACAUGGAUGGUCGAAGCUUCUGGAAAGCUUGUUGUUGGCAUGCAUCUAUAUCAGAAUUACAUGGCCAGGGUGAGUCGGGCUCUGCUCUGUGGAAGGUGACACUUGAUGGGCAUGUAGGGCUGUCAGGGUGCAGCUCUCGAGCAUCCUGGAUUUAGUGGAAAGCUGACUGGGUUUAGUGGGGUGGUGUUUCCAUCAGAUAGCUGGCAUUGUCAGUCUGGCAGAGGCUACAUUUCUGAUUGAGCGUGUUUGUCUGCAGGUGCAUGUGCAUUGUGCUGGGCCUGCCUGGUCAGAGGCACGCUCCACGGCGGAGCGGUUUCCUGUCCUCUGCUUGUUGAGGUGAUGGCCUGAUGUAUGUUUUCUGCUCUUAGGCUGGGUCCCUGAGUGAUGCACCAGGAGCCCAGGGAUAGAGAAGGAAGAAAAGAACAGGAAGGAAACUUGACCGGCAUGAUUUAGAACUGGCCAGACAGCUCUCCCAUGGUCAGGAGUACGGAGUGACCCUCCUGUCCCUCUCUCUCCCAUGCUAAGUCUUUUUCUAAAAUUGCUCUUCUUAGACCUGCCUCACUGAAAGACCUCAUUUGCCCGAGGAGUUGAGAGGGGACCCCUGGUCCACUUUGCUUGACAGAUUUCAUGGGAAGCUGUCUGGUGGGCAGUGUCCCGGUGAUGUGGACUCUGAUAUAUGCUCAAUCGGUUCCUCACUGUGACUUCCGGGGGUGCCAUCUUUUUACUGAGUUGUCACGUACUUGGCUUCCUGGGGAUAUGUGCGGUGACCAGAGUCGAUCGAACGGCUCAUCGUGUUUCCUGUUAGUAAGGUAGCAUUUUUUUGUUGAAAUUCAUGAGCUCCUGUCUUCUCUGCCUUAAGGUAAUGAGGAAAGUCUUAAUGAGGACUUCUCACAUGCCGGAUCAAGCUCAAGCACAUUAAACACUGUCGCUCAGGAAGUUACUGAAAUUUCCAAGUGUCUGGAAGGUUCUCAUUUCUCAUUCAUUGCUGGUGUUUUGUCUUUCUGAAAUAGCAGAAGGAGCCCUUCUGUGUUCCAUAGCAGUGCUGAGUCCAUGGACAGGGCCGGCUCCUUCUCAUGUGUCAUUGAAGGCAGCAGGUGAUAGAGUAAGCGCCAGACAUCAGCGUGCUACGGGAAGUCCAUGAAGUUGUGGACGGAAAGCAGGAGGCCGCUCCUGAGUUCCUGGGUCCUGUGACUCAUGAGUGGGACUUGGAGCCAUACUCUCUUCCUGCCUGUGCUUUCUACGCUGCCUUACGUGUCCCCAUUGAGCUCAACAGAGAAAUGGGCACCAUUCCCUCAGCCAGAAGCAAACUACACUAACCUAAGGUUGGCAGUUUGAAAUAAAAAACUAACAAGCACUCUGCUUUCCAACCAAAAAAAAAGGAAAAUGGAGACAAAGCUUGGGAUUUUUAAAGAAACCGUUUGUCCUACUUUCCCUUCAAACCAACACCUCACUUGGUGCGGGGUUCAUGUCUGUGAAUGUCUUAGUCCAAAGGAAUGCUGGUCUUUUCAUGAGCAUAAGCUCUGCUCAAUACAAUAAACUCCCUCCUCUCUUCUUUA